GCCGUAUCUGACAGUUAUUACCGUGCACUUGGGGCUGGUCUGCGAUGCUUCAAGAGAACGGGAAGUCGAGACACGCACCGUUUUUUUUUAACUCCUGUCCGAAUGGUCACGUAGCAAAGCUGGAUGACAUGCUGAAAAACUGGAGAUGUGAGAAAUGUUCCAAGGACUUUACUUCGAAAUCAUCUCUUUCCAGACACUGCAAAAAGUGUCUCAGCGAUGCUCCCACGCCUAGCAGAAGGAGAGCGUGCCAGGAAUGCUCUAGCUCCAAAUCCCGAUGCGAUGAACGCCGGCCCGAAUGCGGAAGAUGCAGGAGAAAGGGUUUGAAUUGUCACUAUGUUGCCUCUCUGGCAUCUGGCCAUGCGGAAAUUCAGCCUUCAGCCUCGCUAUCGGAGAAUGCACCCACUCAAAACUGGGCGACAAAGCAUCUCCUGACUCCUCCAGUAGACUUCGAAACCUCCAGCGGCCAGUCCAGUGCGGCGAGCCAUGGAUCUGCGACUCAUCCAACAAUCGACAGCCACCCUUCUUCACGUCAUGCCAUGACAUUCGUCUUCAGGGUGUUUCGAACUUACCCUCAGAUGUUGGCGCAUGGGGGAGUGCCGCCAUUCAUCCAUCACUCGCAGAUUCAGGGAGGAGUCCAUCCAACACUCCGUCAAUGUAUCGACAUAUUGUCUGGCCUUAACGCAGCCCCAGCGUCCACCGUCGAGAGCAUGGCCACCAAUGGAAUUAUAAGGUUGCUUGCCGAGUACAAAUCAUACUGUGAAAACGACCUCCUUGUUGCUAUCCAGGCAUAUAUCCUCUACGCCAUCAUUCUCCUCUUCCCGAGCCACCGCCAAAGCCGUUCUCACAGCCAGGAUCAAAGUCUCAUAAUGGGUCUACAAGACAUGAACUUGGCACUUAUGAAAACAGGACUGCUACUCAACGCCGAAUCAGAUGCGACGGUACCGGCAUGGAGCGAAUGGAUAGCAGUCUCUACCAAGCGUCGCACCAUAACGGCGUCCCACAUGCUGAUGUGGGCAUGGUCGUUGAGACACCGGUACCCACCAUUUGGGUGUCGUGAAAUCGGAUUUAUGCCCACGCCAGCACCCAAGAUCCUUUGGCAAGUAGAAUGCGAAGAGACCUGGACGGAGCGUUAUAGCCAGUGGCUCGAAUACUGGCGUGAUGGUGGACCACAUCGUGUAGAAGAGCUCAUGGUCAUCGGCCCUGAGAUUGAGAUUGCCGCGAGGUCUCAGAGAUGGCUCGAAGAGGCUGACGAAUUUGGCUUACUCCUCAUGUCUGAAGUCAAUGCUAUGGACUGAUAGUUCAAGUUCUCCUUUAUGCGCGUGCUCUGAGCCUCGCAAGGAAUACUCGCGACUUCGGGGUCGACAGCUGAGCCCAACAAUACACACAACAAGUAUAGAAGGGCUGCACACUCUAGAAUUCAGCCAUAUCUCGGCCCUGGAUAUCGCACCGAAAGUAAAGCCUUUUCCUCAAACAUGACGGGUUCCGAUCGCCCAUACGACAUCGUCCUCCUUGGCGCUACCGUCUUUACACGCGUUCAGAGUCUAGAAUUUGCACGGCAACUCCCAGGCCCUCCGACCCAGAUCCGUUCUAUGUUAUCAAAAUACGACAGUCCGCCCAGGGAAAAAAAGAUACCAUGUCUAUACUUUCUAAGCGCGCUCUAACCCGCCCAUCAUA